CUUUUAAAUCCUCACAUAUUUAACAAAAGCAGAUGUUUUUUUCUGGUGUUAUGCUCCUCUCUCUCUCCAGAUUGGUCCAGGAGGCUGCUGGGUGAUGCGGGGGGUUUCCCGGUUCUGGUUCUGCUGCUGCAGGGCUCAGACUCAGAGGUCCAGUUCUACAGCUGCUCCGCCCUCUGCAACAUCUCUUCUGCUCGGGAGCUCCACCCAAAGCUGCUCAGCAUCGGGAGUCACUUCCUGUUGAAGUCCCUGCUGACGCUCGCCUCCUCCUCCGUGCAAAAUAACUCGAUGCAGGCGUGCAGAUGCCUACAUACUCUCUCACAGAAUGAUCUGAUCCUGGAGCAGCUGAUAGAUCUGGACUGCUUGUUGCCUCUGCAGUCACUGCUGAAGACGUCCUCUGCUGUGUGGAGAGAGUCAGCCGUCACACUGCUGUCUGCGCUGACGUCACACACACCGAACAAAGACAUCCUGGUGAGCGAGGGUCUGCUGGAGGAAGUGGGUCAGCUGCUUCUUCAUCCCACAUGCAGCUCCGUCAUCAUCACACACAGCUGCAGGAUCAUCACUGACCUGAGCAGCUGCAGCGAGGGUCAGCAGGCUGUGAUGGAGGCUCGCUGUUUGUCAGGACUCCUCGGAGCUCUUCUGUCUCCGUCUCUGACUGAUGACACUUUAAUGCAUCUGACGUCAUGCUUGCAAAACCUCAUGACACAACAUCCACUUAAGUCUGAGUUGUCGGUCAUGAUAACAUCAGAGCACGUUUCCAGACUUGUGAAGUUAUCGGGACAAACACAAAAUCCUCAGUUAUCGUACAACAGUGCGGCCGUCAUCAGCAGACUGGAAAUGACAGGAGAGACGGUCCAGCUGCUGAAGCCUCACUACGUCACCAUGUUGGAGUACCUGUCGGUGUUUCUCAAAAAUAAAGAUUUAAAGUUCCAGCAGCUUGGCAUAGUGACGAUAUCCAACCUCAAGACAGAUGGAGACUUCUCCUCUCUGUUGUCUGGCGGUGAGGUGGAGGAUCAGCUCCGGACGGUUCAUGAUCAGACGGAGGAAACCAGACGGCUGCUGCAGACGAUCCAGCCUCUCUCUCCAUCUCCUGUUCACCCUUUACUGCCUCGACACAAACACUGAGAGACGAGCACUGAGCACAGCAUUCAUGCACUGAAGAAGCAGCUUUUCUCCAUCAUGUUUUAAAGUGUUUAUUUAUUAGUUUUUAUGCUUACAGUCAACAACAACGUAAGUGAAAAACAAGGCAGAGAAGCGGCAUAGUAUCAACUCUUAACACGUGAUAGUUACAAGCAAUCGGAUAUUUAGGAUUGGAUACAUUUGUUUUUUAUAUAUGCUUUUCUUAUAAUAAACUCACUUAAACUUCUA